AUGAAUCGUACGAGUGUUAACGGAAAGGGCAACGGAGAACAGCAGGGUAAUCGAACCAAGGCACCAGGCAGCAAGCGGAUCAACGGAUUGUACAACGCUGUGCAGGACAGUGCUGGCUACGGUAGCUACGAGAUGGUACAAGAAAUCGCCACUUAUCUGCUGGACCGCACGCGUAUCCGACCCCGGUGUGGCAUCAUAUGCGGCUCGGGGAUGGGAUGUUUGGCCGAUCAGCUGACCGACGUGGAUAGCUUCGACUACGAGACGAUUCCACACUUUCCUAUCUCAACCGUGCCUGGACACGUGGGACGGCUUGUGUUUGGCUUUCUGGCCGGCGUACCCGUGCUUUGUAUGCAAGGUCGCUUCCAUUACUACGAGGGAUAUUCAUUGGCAAAGUGUUCCAUGCCGGUACGGGUAAUGCGACUAGUCGGCUGUACACGUCUGAUUGCCACCAAUGCGGCCGGUGCCAUCAACAGCAACUACCACGUCGGCGACAUCAUGCUCAUCAAGGAUCACGUUAAUCUGAUGGGAUUUGCCGGAAACUGCCCUCUGCUCGGACCGAACGAUGAACGGUUCGGGCCACGUUUUCUCGGAAUGGCCAAAGCGUACGAUCCGACCAUACUGCAGGUAGCGAAAGAAGCGGCCAACCAGGUGCCCGGUCUGCCGAGCAUCCUGCGCGAGGGUGUGUACUGUUGCGUCGGUGGACCCAACUUCGAAACGGUCGCCGAAGGUCGCCUGCUGGCGUUGCUGGGCGUUGAUGCGAUCGGUAUGUCGACCGUGCACGAGAUCAUCACGGCACGGCACUGCGGUAUGACGUGCUUCGCCUUCAGCCUCAUCACCAACAUGUGCACGAUGAGCUACGAAGAGGAGGAAGAGCACUGCCACGAAACGUUCGUGGACGUUGGGCGCCAACUGGAGGGACGGAUCUGUGAGCUGGUCACGCGGGUUGUCGGCACCAUUGCGGGUGUCUAA